AUUUUUUUCAAAUUUAGAAAUGAGUUUAGUCUCUAUUUUCUAUGUAAUGAGUCCCUCUAAUAAGCAGACGUAUUUCUUGAUACAGCUCAUUAUUUUGAUGCCACGAUUCAGGUCUAAUCGGCGGUUAGUAUCGACCAAGUCUUCAUACUCUGAUAUCAAGUUUUCGUUGACGAUGACGGUGCUUCGACAAGUUUUAAUUUUUUUCACUCUUGGCUUCACCUUAUGCGAGUGUUCUGACGAAAAUGUUCCACUUCUUCCAGUUGAUUUACAUGACCCGGUAGUCGAUGUAAUGGAUUACAUAAAAGAUAAGUGUGCACAAAAAGGCCAGACAAAUAUAGUAGAAGAUAUGAAGACAGAAUCUAAAAAAUCUGUGAGCUGUAUCAGAAAAUAUGUGAAUGGCAGCCUAGCCGUACAAGAUGAUCUAAGGAAAGCGCUACUGGCAAAUGACAUAGACGGUUUUUUCAUGAAAUACUGCGGAGUAUGGCCAGAAAUUCAUGUUUGCUUUCAAAAUACAAUAAAUCUCAUCAAAUCCUGUUUGAAUGACACUGAAAAGCAGCAAAUAGAUGAAUCCCUGGAGGUGAUGGAUUCUAUGCAGAGUUUUAUUUGCGCAGAUAACGCAAGCGAGAUGACCAAUUUUUACAGGGUAGGAGGCGUAGAGAAAUUUCAAGACAAUUGGGUCGACAUCAAAAAGUGUGUUAGUUCUAGAGGGCGCAAAACGAUUAUAUUCGACUCGGACCGUUGCGACUAUGUGGAAUGGUUCAGGGUAUGCACCACGGAAGGCAUGAAGAAAUCCAUCAAUAGCACUGCGCCUGCUGAAACAAUGAACGAGAUGUUCGUCACAAUCGAAGAGAAGUAUUGUCCAACGAGUGGCUCCAGCACAUUGUCCAACAGCAUUCCGUUGAUCGGUCUGAUCAUACUAUCUCUUCUCAGGUUCACGAAUACGAUGGAAUCGUACAUGAUCCAAGUAUAAACAACACUGGGAUGUGCUCUUGAAUAAAGGUGCUUCGAAUAA